AACAUGGCGGCCCCCAUCAUACAGGAACAACUUUCUGAAUACUGAAUUCUUAUCAUCAUCUUGCUAUAGUUACAAAGUGUAAAGAUGAGGAUUCCCCAUGGUUGCUUCCUCAUCCUAUGCUUGGCUGUACAGUCUCUCGCAUUUUACAUCUUUUUCAAAGGAUUUUUCCCAGUCAAAAGUGCCAUUCCGGGGAAAGCAACGUUCAAUAACCUUCCAGCAGAACCGCUGCCACAUUCAAUGAAAAUGAAAAAUGAACCCCCUAAGGCAGUGUUUGGUCGUCUGGUUAUCGUACUUGUGGAUGCGCUGCGGGCUGACUUUGUGUUUGGUAACAAGGCAGAUCAGCAUAUGCCUUUUACUAGUCAGUUAAUCAAAGAUGACAAAACUCUUAGUUUUAUAGCAAAGGCACACCCACCAACUGUUACUAUGCCAAGGAUAAAGGCAAUCACAACUGGAGGAAUACCUGGCUUUAUUGACAUUGUAUUGAAUGUGGAUUCCAGUGCAUUGUUGGAAGACAAUCUUAUAUCACAGUUAUAUAGUGCAAAUAAAUCUAUAGUAUUCUAUGGGGAUGACACAUGGAUUAAACUAUUUCCCAAUCAUUUUAGACGAACUGAUGGAACCACGUCGUUCUUUGUUGCAGAUUACACUGAGGUUGAUAAUAAUGUUACAAGGCAUGUGGACCCCGAGUUAGAGAAUACAGACUGGAGUGUAAUGAUAUUACACUACCUGGGGUUAGAUCAUAUUGGCCAUUUAGCUGGACCAACAAGUCCUCUGGUUGGCCCCAAAUUACAAGAAAUGGACAAAGUUAUUGAAAAGAUUUACUCAUCGGUUACAAAACAGGAUAAAACUAGUGAUCUGCCAACAUUGAUAAUUUUAUGUGGUGACCAUGGUAUGAGUAAUAUUGGUAGUCACGGUGGUGCGUCGAUUGGUGAGACUACAACCCCAUUGGUAAUGAUGAGUACUUUUUAUGAUAAGUUUGGUCUGCCAUAUACGGCAAGUGAAAUACAACAGAUUGAUGUUGCGAGUACGUUAUCAUUGCUAUUAGGUGUUCCUAUACCACAGAACAGUCUAGGUAGAAUUAUAACUGAUCCAAGUUAUUUGAAGUAUAACAGAUCUGUGCAGUUACAUGCAAGUUGGCUUGAAUCAUACUUACAAGAAGCAGACAAUAUCAACCACAAUGUAUUAGGAAAGAAGGUCAUUACCCAGUACAAUACUGCCAUUAUAGAAAUGAGUAAUCGUAUAUCUGCCUCAUUAGCAAGAUAUGAUGAAUAUGCCAUGGUCAUUGGGACCGUCUUAUUCUGGCAGGUUUUGAUUUCUUUUCUCUAUGGUGCUUGGCAAUUGAAUGGAGGUCACAUGACCAGCAUCAGUCUUCCUAUUGGUGGACAGUCUUCCAUAUUCAUCCUAAUUGCGUGUUGCUUAGCAACCACUUCUGUGCAUAUUAACAUAUGUACAGACACAACAGGGACUCCAAGUGAGGUGUUAUGUAACAUGUCAAUACCAGCAAUAUGUUUGUCCACUGUUUUCAUUGUCAGUUCAUCUUUCACUUUGACUGUUUUGAUUGGUCAACUUGGAAAAAUACCAAAGCAUCAGUUUCAGACUACACAACUGAUGACAGGACAGUGGACAUUGAUUGGUGGUUCAGUUCUACAUACUCUCAGUCUUGUGUCCAGUAGUUUUGUAGAAGAAGAGCACCAAACAUGGUAUUUUUUUACCAUGACGAUAAACUUUUACUUUUUUUAUAAAACAUUUUCAUUAAUUUUAAAUAAAAGCUUACUAAUUGGCUCAAAAUCUUCAGCAAAAAUAGACAAGUCUGAUUGCAAGUAUGAUGAGUUGAUUACAAAAAGAUGUGGAGAAGAUGAGAUAGACAAAUGUGCAAUGUCAGCCGAUGAAGUGUUUGUAGGGAAUAUGAGAACCGUGGUGGCUGUUUUAAUAGUCUUGCUUUGUGGACGCCUUAUGAGAGCCUGGAAUCAAACUGGUAUGAAGUGGGCUGAUAGACCUGACAUUGGAGACUGGUUUGUUAGACCUGAAAACAAAAUUUAUCUUUCCGGCAUGGUGAUAGUGAGUCAUGUGGUGAUCUGCAUUGUCAGACACCUUAGAAGGCAGUUUAGUUUAUUACUUGUGUUGGCAUUGAUCGGUGUAUAUUACUACAGAGCUGUGACUGGUAUCAUUUUGUUACCAUGGGGAUCAACAGUACCAAGCAAGGGUGUGUACGAGGCAUGGUUUGUGUAUGCCGUGAUUGGAGUUCAGAUUUUUAGAGCUAUUUAUAUCGCUUAUAUGCAAACACGCAAGACAGAUGAAAAUAUAAACACAUAUAAACAGACCUUAGUUGAUACACUGGAAUGUAUCUUAACAGCACUAAUAGUGUUAUCAGCUUUGUUACUCAGACCUCAUAAUAGUGCAGUGCUGUCAUUGCUCGUAUUAGAGGAACAUUUUCUGACUACAGUCUUGUGGAGAGCUUAUCUGUCCAGGUCUCCUUUAUGGGUUAUAACAUUGUUACAUCUGUGGUUUGGAUCAGCUGCUUUCUUCACACAGGGCAAUUCAAAUAGUACUGCUAAUGUUGAUAUAUCUGCUGGUUACAUUGGAUUGGACUCGUACAUACCUGCCAUUGUGUUUAUUCUAACUCUAAUGUCCACCUACACUGGACCAUUUAUAUUUAUCACUAGUCUUGUUACGUAUACAGCUAGGCAUUAUGCUGAUAGGUACCAAGAUUCACUGGUUUACAUCUGUUACACCAUUGCUGUAUCUCGGGCACUUCCUGUGGCAGUCUAUCUUGUACUCAUCUCAUGUCAGAGAUAUCACCUGUUUGUUUGGAGUGUAUUUUCUCCAAAACUGAUGUAUGAGGGCAUGUUGACCAUAGUUUAUUCAAUCAUCAUUUUAUUAUUAACAGCUCAUUCAAAUCUU